CCCUCUGAAGCAGGAGAUGGUAGUUCCCAGCAGCAGGUCGAAGUUGAUAAACGCUGCAUUGUGUUACUGCAGCGGUAGUUGUGUUUUUAAAUUGUGCAGAAGGCGAAAAAGAAAGUGCCGUUUUUUUUUAUUGAAAAAUGUCUUCGGGUUCUGGUUACGGUCAGCCUGGAGCUCCGCAGCAGAGUUAUGCAGCUUAUGGUGCACCAGCAAGCCAAGGCUACCAGCAGAGUACACAGGGCUAUGGCCAAGCUGCUGAUGCAUCAGCUUCGUAUGGACAAAGCUAUGCGGGUUAUGGCGGAAACUAUGCACAGGCACAGCCAGCUGAAAGUUAUGGUCAGACAGCACAGAGUUGUACAUCAAGCUAUGGGAGUCAGGCUGGUUAUGGACAACCACCACAACCGCAAGCUUAUGGAGGCUACGGACAGCAGAGCACAGAGGCACCAGCAGGGCAAGGAGCAAAGUCCCAGUCUGCUUAUGGUCAGCAGUCAGAUUAUAGUCAGCCGCCUAACCACGACAACUACGGCCGACGUGCGCCCUCAGGUGAAGAGAACAGUCGAGGCAGUAUGAGUAGGUAUGGGAGAGAUGAAGGGAGCUCUGGCAGGUCGGACGGGUACAGAGGUAGAGUGCGAGGUGGAUUUGACCGGGACAGCAGAAGCCCACCUUCUGGUAUGGGAGGUGGUGACCGUGGUGGCUUCAAAAAUUUCGGUGGCUCAAGAGAUCUGGCACAGCGGUCUGAUUCAGGUGGUGAUCAGGACAACUCUGACAACAACACCAUCUUUGUCCAGGGACUGGGGGACAGCGUAAACCCUGAAGAGGUGGCUGAAUAUUUCAAACAGAUCGGCAUCAUUAAGAUCAACAAAAAAACAGGCCUGCCUAUGAUCAACUUGUAUACUGACAAAGCAACCGGGAGGCUUAAGGGAGAAGCCACUGUGUCUUUUGAUGAUCCACCAUCUGCAAAAGCAGCUAUUGAUUGGUUUGAUGGAAAGGAGUUCAAUGGCAAACCAAUCAAGGUUUCCUUUGCCACAAGAAGGCCUGAAUUUAUGCAGCGAGGAGGAGCAAGAGGUGGAGGAGGGCGUGGAGAGACAUGUGCUUUUUCAGGAUCCAGAGGUUUUGGCCGUGGGAGUUUUGGUGCCAGCCCUGGUGGUGAGCCGAAGAACGGAGACUGGCUGUGUCCAAACUCGUCUUGUGGUAAUAUGAACUUUGCAAGAAGAACAGAAUGCAACCAGUGCAGUACAUCUAAACCAGGGGAUGCCUAUGGGGAUCGUGGUGGUGGUAGAGGAGGCUAUGGAGGAGACAGGGGCGGGUUCAGGGGGCGUGGUGGAUUCCGUGGGGGGCGUGGUGGCGAUCGUGGAGGCUUUGGAGGGAAGAUGGGAGGAAGGGAUGAUUACAGAGACCGCCGAGACCGGCCAUACUGAGGUUUCCCAGGAGCCAGCACUCUUUCUGCGAUUCCAGGAGAUCGGGGGGUUUGGGCAGCGUUUGUUUUUGUGCUUUUCCAUUGAAGUAUCUUUCAUUGACAGAAUGGCCUGUGUGAUGCUUCAUAGUCUUACCUGUUCAGUAGUGCAGAGAACAUGGAUGUGCAGCUACUGUGAAUGAGAACGUUUCUACAAUGGAAGAAUGUAAUAAAGUUAGUGUUAAGGGUUAAAUUGGAUUUCUUUUUCUUUUUUUUUUUUUUUAAAUUGCAAACAUACAGGUUAAGAUGUGCAACAUGAGCCGGACUUGUAUUCUACUUGUAUUGCCAAAUUGCAGAGUGUUUUGUAUAACUGAAUAAAGCAGGCGUUUUACUUCA